GCCGGGCCAGCAGGCUCCCGUCCGGGCUCCCCCGCACCGCCCCAUACCUGCGCUGGGAGCGGCGCGCGAGGCGGAGCUGGACCUGCCGCGUCCACCCGCCUCCUCCUCCUCGGAUUGAUCAAUAACUUCAGCCGCGGCGGGUGCGAAGGUCGCGUCCGGCUGCGCCGCAGGAGAAGCCCCGGGGCGGAGAUUGGAGGACGCUCCCUGCAGCCCCGUGGCCCGGAGCCAUGUCGCCCGGCGCCGUGUGAGCCGGGACCCUCGGCGCUAGCAGCCUCGCGGCUGGGCUGGACGCCCCCACCCCCCCGGCUGCGCCCCGCGCCCCUCCGGGGGUCCCGGCCAGGACAUGUCGGUCUCCGAGCUCUACACCAAGUACACAAAAGUUUGGAUUCCUGACCCUGAUGAAGUGUGGAGAUCAGGAGAAAUUAUCAAGGAUUACAAAGAAGGGGAUAAAAGCCUACACCUGAAAUUUGAAGAUGACACUCUCUACGAAUAUCCAGUUGAUCUCAAAACCAACCAACUGCCCUUCUUGCGUAAUCCUGAUAUUUUGGUGGGCGAAAAUGACCUGACAGCUCUAAGUUAUCUCCAUGAGCCUGCUGUCCUACAUAAUUUAAAAGUCAGAUUCUUGGAAUCGAAUCACAUCUACACCUACUGUGGUAUUGUGCUUGUUGCCAUUAACCCAUAUGAACAACUGCCAAUCUAUGAACAAGAUGUCAUCUAUGCAUACAGUGGCCAAAACAUGGGGGACAUGGAUCCUCACAUCUUUGCAGUGGCAGAAGAAGCCUACAAGCAAAUGGCUAGGGAUGAGAAGAACCAGUCCAUUAUCGUAAGCGGAGAAUCCGGUGCCGGAAAGACAGUCUCUGCCAAAUAUGCCAUGCGCUUCUUCGCAUCCGUUGGUGGCUCUGCCAGUGAGACCAACAUUGAAGAGAAGGUCCUUGCAUCCAGUCCAAUCAUGGAGGCAAUUGGAAAUGCUAAAACAACCAGGAACGACAAUAGCAGUCGCUUUGGGAAGUACAUUCAGAUUGGCUUUGAUAAAAGAUACCAUAUCAUUGGUGCCAACAUGAGGACGUAUCUAUUGGAAAAAUCAAGAGUUGUGUUCCAGGCAGAUGAUGAACGAAACUAUCAUAUCUUCUAUCAGCUGUGUGCCUCUGCCAGUCUUCCAGAAUUUAAAGACCUAGCACUAACAUGUGCUGAAGACUUUUUCUACACUACUAUGGGCGGCGACACAACUAUUGAUGGAGUUGAUGAUGCUGAUGAUUUUGAGAAAACCAGACAUGCUUUCACUCUGCUUGGAGUGAAAGAGUCCCAUCAGAUGAGCAUUUUUAAGAUAAUAGCUUCCAUCCUGCACCUAGGAAACUUGGAAAUUCAAGCAGAACGAGAUGGAGAGUCCUGUAGUAUAUCGAAACAGGAUGAACACCUGAAUAAUUUUUGCAGAUUGCUUGGAGUGGAGCACAGCCAGAUGGAGCACUGGCUGUGCCAUCGGAAGCUUGUCACAACAGCUGAGACGUACAUCAAGCCCAUGUCUGCGCAGCAAGUCAUGAAUGCCAGGAAUGCGCUGGCCAAGCAUAUAUAUGCCCAGCUGUUUAACUGGAUUGUGGAGCAUAUCAACAAAGCCCUGCAUACCACCCUCAAGCAACACUCAUUCAUUGGGGUUCUGGAUAUCUAUGGGUUUGAAACUUUUGAAGUGAAUAGCUUUGAACAGUUUUGUAUCAACUAUGCCAACGAAAAACUCCAACAGCAGUUCAACUCGCAUGUAUUUAAGCUGGAGCAAGAAGAGUAUAUGAAGGAACAAAUCCCUUGGACUCUUAUAGAUUUUUAUGACAAUCAGCCCUGCAUAGACCUCAUAGAAGCCAAACUUGGUAUCUUGGACCUAUUGGAUGAAGAGUGUAAGGUUCCUAAAGGAACUGACCAGAACUGGGCACAGAAAUUAUAUGACAGACAUUCCAGCAGCCAGCACUUCCAAAAACCUCGAAUGUCCAAUACCUCCUUCAUUGUUGUUCACUUUGCAGAUAAGGUGGAGUAUCAGUCUGAUGGAUUUCUGGAGAAAAAUAGGGACACUGUAUAUGAAGAACAGAUCAACAUACUGAAGGCCAGCAAGUAUCAAAUGGUAGCUGACUUAUUUCAAGAUGAAAAGGAUUCUGUGCCUGCUACUCCUACCAUAAAGGGAGCCGCUCCCAAAAUCAGCGUCCGUUCUGCCAGACCAGCUAUGAAAGCUGCCAACAAAGAGCACAAGAAAACCGUGGGGCACCAGUUCCGAAACUCCUUGCAUUUAUUGAUGGAGACGCUGAAUGCUACUACUCCACACUACGUGCGCUGCAUCAAGCCAAAUGAUGAGAAACUUCCAUUCAAAUUUGAUCCAAAGAGAGCAGUCCAGCAGCUAAGAGCCUGUGGUGUGUUGGAAACCAUCCGUAUCAGUGCAGCUGGCUACCCAUCCAGGUGGUCCUACCAUGACUUUUUCAAUAGGUAUCGAGUUCUUAUGAAAAAGAGGGAGAUCUCUAAAAAUGACAAGAAGCUGAUCUGUAAAACGCUUCUGGAAAACCUCAUUAAGGAUCCUGACAAGUUCCAGUUUGGACGUACCAAGAUCUUUUUCCGUGCAGGCCAGGUGGCAUAUCUGGAGAAACUGCGGGCAGAUAAAUUCAGAGCUGCUACUAUCAUGAUACAGAAGACAGUGCGGGGCUGGCUGCAGAGGGUGAAGUACAGAAGGAUGAGAAAUGCUGCAAUAACAAUCCAGAGGUAUACACGAGGACACCUGGCUCGCAGGUUGGUGGACUACCUAAGGAAAACAAGAGCUGCCAUCAUUUUCCAGAAACAAUACCGAAUGUUGAGGAUCCUUCAUGCUUUCCAGAAGAUCCGCAACGCCACUAUCACUAUUCAGGCCUUCACUCGGGGCAUGUUUGUAAGGAAAAUUUACCACAAGAUCCUUUUGGAGCACAAAGCUGCCAUCAUCCAGAAACAUGCCCGGGCCUGGCUGGCUCGUAAGCGAUUCCUCCACUUCAAGUGUGCGGCUGUGGUCAUCCAAUGCUACUUCAGGCGCAUGAAGGCCAGGAAAGAGCUGAAGAAACUGAAGAUUGAAGCAAGGUCUGCACAGCACUUGAAGAAACUCAAUAUCGGCAUGGAGAACAAGGUGGUUCAGCUUCAGAGGAAGAUAGAUGAUCAGAACAAAGAAUACAGGCACCUGAAUGAGCAGCUCUCUGCACUUACCUCUGCCUAUUCCACUGAUGUGGAAAAGCUGAAGAAGGAGCUGGAGCAAUAUCGGCAGAAUCGAGGGGAUUCCAACCAGCUUGUAAACUUGAAAAAAGAGAUUGAGAGCCUCAGGCUGGAGCUCGAGAAAUCCCACAGUGAGAGGAAGAUUAUUGAAGACACCUAUGAUAAGGAGAAAGAUCUACUCCGAAAGCGCGUGUCAGAUCUAGAAGAGGAGAAUGCUCUUUUGAAACAGGAAAAAGAGGAGCUUAACAACAGAAUCCUGUGUCAGUCUGAAGAUGAAUUUGCCCAAAACACUGUCAAGGAAAAUCUCCUGACGAAGAAGGAGCUGGAAGAGGAGCGAUCUCGUUAUCAGAACCUGGUAAAGGAGUAUUCAAGGCUGGAGCAGAGAUAUGACAAUUUGAGGGAUGAGAUGACUAUUAUAAAGCAGACCCCAGGACACAGAAGGAACCCAUCUAACCAGAGCAGUCUAGAGUCUGAUUCCAAUUGUCCAUCAGUCUCAACAUCUGAGAUAGGAGACACAGAGGAUGCAAUACAACAAGUGGAGGAUGUUGGUUUGGAUAAAGCAGCCAUGGAUAUGACUCUCUUCCUGAAGCUACAAAAGCGAGUGAGGGAGCUUGAACAGGAGAGAAAGAAACUGCAAACCCAGCUGGAGAAAAAGAAAUCCCAGGUAAUUGAAACGAAGAAUGAAAUGGAUUCAGACCGUGAUACAGAUCUAGCCUACAACAGUCUGAAGAGGCAAGAAUUGGAAUCGGAGAACAAGAAACUGAAAAAUGAACUGAAUGAGCUGAGGAAGACUAUUGUAGACCGGGUGACCCAAAACAACUCAUCCAGUGAUGUCCAGGACAGUUAUACCCUCUUAUUAAACCAGCUUAAAUCAGCCAAUGAGGAACUGGAAGUGCGGAAAGAGGAGGUGCUUAUCCUAAGGGCACAGAUUAUAAAGGCAGCCCAGCAAAAAGACACUGGCAAAAAUAUGGACUCAAACAUCAACACGUAUACCAGCUGGCCAAACAGCGACAAGCAUGUCGAUGCAGAGGAUGCAAUUGAGGCCUACCAUGGGGUGUGUCAGACAAAUCGGCUCCUGGAAGCCCAGCUUCAGGAUCAGAAGAGAGAGCACGAAGAGGAGGUGGAAACUCUGAAAACCCAGAUGGAAACCCUGAGAGAAGAGAUGGAGAAACAGCAGCAGGCAUUUUUCCAGACCCUACAGCUACCACCAGAGGCCCAGGUGGAAUUUGGCAUCCAGCAAGAAAUCGCACGUCUCACAAAUGAAAAUCUGGAUCUCAAAGAGUUACUAGAAAAACUAGAAAAGAAUGAGAAGAAGCUGAAGAAACAGCUAAAGAUUUACAUGAAGAAGGUCCAGGAUUUUGAAGCGACCCAAGCUACAGCCCAGACAGAGAGGAGGCGACAUGAGCUUACCAGGCAGGUCACUGUCCAACGGAAGGAAAAAGAUUUCCAGGGAAUGUUGGAAUAUUACAAGGAAGAUGAGCCACUUCUCAUCCGAAACCUCAUUACAGAUCUCAAACCGCAGACAGUUUCUGCCACAGUUCCAUGUCUUCCUGCUUACAUCCUCUACAUGUGCAUCAGGCAUGCAGAUUACAUCAAUGACGACCAGAAAGUGCACUCCUUACUCACCUCCACCAUAAACGGCAUUAAGAAAGUAUUAAAGAAACACAAUGAUGACUUUCAGAUGACGUCAUUUUGGUUGGCUAACACCUGUCGCCUCUUACAUUGUCUAAAGCAGUACAGCGGGGAUACGGGUUUUAUGACACAAAAUACCGCUAAGCAGAAUGAGCACUGUCUUAAGAACUUUGACCUCACGGAGUACCGGCAGGUUUUAAGUGACCUUUCCAUUCAGAUCUAUCAGCAGCUCUUUAAGAUAGCAGAAGGCAUGUUGCAACCAAUGAUAGUGUCUGCAAUGUUGGAAAGCGAGAGCAUCCAGGGUCUGUCAGGCGUGAAGUCAAUGGGCUACAGGAAUCGAUCAUCCAGCAUGGUAGAUGGUGACAACUCUUACAGUUUAGACGCAGUCAUUCGCCAACUGAAUACGUUUCACAGCAUCAUGUGUGACCAGGGCCUGGACCCGGAGAUUAUUCAGCAAGUCUUCAAGCAGCUCUUCUAUAUGAUCAAUGCAGUAACGCUGAACAACCUCCUGCUGAGAAAAGAUGUCUGUUCAUGGAGCACUGGUAUGCAGCUCAGGUAUAACAUAAGCCAGCUGGAGGAAUGGCUGCGUGGGAAGAAUUUGCAACAGAGUGGAGCAGCAGAGACAGUGGAGCCCCUGAUCCAGGCAGCACAACUGCUUCAGCUCAAAAAGAAAACAUCAGAAGAUGCUGAGGCUAUCUGUUCCUUGUGUACAUCCCUCUCUACGCAGCAGAUAGUAAAGAUAUUAAAUCUCUAUACUCCUGUUAAUGAGUUUGAAGAACGUGUGACAGUAGCCUUCAUACGAAACAUUCAGGCAAAUUUGCAAGAGCGAAAUGACCCUCCACAGCUGCUGUUAGACUACAAAUAUAUGUUCCCAGUUUUGUUUCCGUUCAGCCCAUCCUCCAUAACCAUGGACUCUAUUCACAUCCCUGCUUCUCUCAACUUGGAAUUUCUCAAUGAAGUCUGAAGAAAAUGUCUUCAAACCGGUCCCCCUUCACCAGAGAAUUCAAGCAAAAAAAAAAAAAA